GGUGGCCAGGGCGGCGGCGGCGGCAGCGGCCACGGCCAAGACCAGACAUCUGGGACUGUUGUUGUUUUCUCGCGGCGGGACCGCCUCAGUCGGUUCACCCAGAGAGAGACCAGGAGCUGGUCUGGUGAGAAGCGGGCGGCCGCAUCUCCCUUCUCUCCUGCUUCCCCAAAGCCGCGGCAGAAGCUGGCGCAAACAUCCUAUGGUUGGUUUCUGAUGCCCUUCAGUGAGAAGGGGGCGUCGGGACCGUGGUGAGCGCACCUCAGGGCCCCCCUCAACUCGGUGUCUUCGUCGGCCUCCCCCUGGCCUGCACACCCAGUGUGGCUGCUAUGGCUGAAAACGCAGAAGGAGACCUGAACUCCAACCUGCUCCACGCCUCCUACCACACCGGGGACCCUCAGCUAGACACGGCCAUUGGGCAGUGGCUCCGUUGGGAUAAGAAUCCCAAAACAAAAGAGCAAAUUGAAAAUCUGUUACGGAAUGGAAUGAACAAGGAACUGCGAGAUCGUCUUUGUUGCCGAAUGACUUUUGGGACUGCAGGACUUCGCUCUGCCAUGGGGGCAGGAUUUUGCUAUAUUAAUGAUCUUACAGUAAUACAAUCAACACAGGGGAUGUACAAAUACCUUGAAAGAUGUUUCUCAGACUUCAAGCAGAGAGGCUUUGUCGUUGGGUAUGAUACCCGGGGGCAAGUAACUAGCAGCUGCAGCAGCCAGAGGCUUGCUAAACUCACUGCUGCAGUGUUACUGGCCAGAGAUGUUCCUGUGUACCUUUUCUCAAGAUACGUCCCUACACCUUUUGUACCAUAUGCAGUCCAGGAGCUUAAAGCAGUUGCUGGUGUGAUGAUAACUGCAUCUCACAACCGCAAAGAAGACAAUGGUUAUAAGGUUUAUUGGGAAACAGGUGCUCAGAUUACAUCUCCUCAUGAUAAAGAAAUUCUGAAAUGUAUAGAAGAAUGUGUGGAACCCUGGAAUGGUUCCUGGAAUGAUAAUUUAGUGGAUACUAGUCCACUGAAGAGAGAUCCUCUGCAGGACAUUUGCAGAAGAUACAUGGAAGAUCUGAAAAAGAUCUGUUUUUACAGGGAAUUAAACUCAAAGACCACCUUGAAAUUUGUGCAUACAUCUUUUCAUGGGGUUGGACAUGACUAUGUGCAGUUGGCUUUUCAAGCAUUUGGUUUUAAGCCUCCAAUUCCAGUACCAGAACAAAAGGAUCCUGAUCCGGACUUUUCUACUGUUAAAUGCCCAAAUCCUGAAGAGGGAGAAUCUGUGCUGGAACUUUCUUUGAGACUGGCAGAGAAAGAAAAUGCCCGGAUAGUGCUAGCCACAGAUCCUGAUGCAGACCGACUGGCAGUGGCAGAACUUCAGGAGAAUGGUCAUUGGAAAGUUUUCACAGGGAAUGAGCUGGCAGCUCUGUUUGGGUGGUGGAUGUUUGAUUGCUGGAAGAAAAGUAAAUCAAGAAAUGCUGAUGUGAAGAACAUUUAUAUGUUAGCCACCACAGUCUCCUCCAAAAUUCUGAAGGCACUUGCACUUAAAGAAGGAUUCCAUUUUGAAGAAACAUUACCAGGUUUUAAAUGGAUUGGAAGUAGGAUAAAAGACCUCCUGGAAAAUGGGAAAGAAGUCCUUUUUGCAUUUGAAGAGUCUAUUGGUUUUCUGUGUGGAACUUCAGUUUUGGAUAAAGAUGGGGUGAGUGCAGCUGUUGUUGUCGCUGAGAUGGCAUCUUACCUAGAAACCAUGAAUAUAACAUUGAAACAGCAACUGAUUAAGAUUUAUGAAAAAUACGGUUAUCAUAUUUCCAAAACUUCAUAUUUCUUGUGUUAUGAUCCAACUACCAUCAAAAGUAUAUUUGAAAGGCUUCGUAAUUUUGAUUCCCCAAAAGAAUAUCCAAAAUUUUGUGGGGCAUUUGCUAUAUUGCAUAUACGAGACGUUACUACUGGAUAUGACAGCAGCCAGCCUAAUAAAAAAUCAGUGCUGCCUGUGAGUAAAAACAGCCAAAUGAUUACAUUUACGUUUCAAAAUGGCUGUGUUGCUACUCUUCGGACAAGCGGGACAGAACCAAAGAUAAAAUAUUAUGCAGAGAUGUGUGCAUCACCUGACCAAAGUGACACUACCUUACUAGAAGAGGAAUUGAAGAAACUCAUUGAAGCUCUGAUUGAAAAUUUUCUUGAGCCCAGUAAAAAUGGAUUGAUCUGGCGUUCUGUUUAGUGGACACCAGUACCUCAUUACCUUGUGCUGGCGAAUGGAACAGGACAUCCAAGAACUCCGUGCAUUGAAUUUGUGUUAGCAUUCUCUAUCAUCUGUCCGAGUAUCUUUUUCCUUUUAUCUUCUUUCUUUUUUAGUUGGCUGAGUAAACAAACUGUAUAGAUUUGAAAUGAAAAGGUCUGGAGAGAAAUGAUUCAAAUUUUUUCAUGGUUUUGAACAAAAGUCAUUACAUUAAAAGUAUUAUAGUAACAUGUAGUUCUUCCUUUAACAGAAACAGAACAAUACAAAACCGAGUUUUCUUAUUAAAGUGUGAAUAAGCUUAGUUCAAUAUUCUUGUAAUUGUGUAUAGCAUGGUUUAAAAAAAAAGGCAGAUAAAUGCUAUAUAAUUGUAGCGUUAAGGAAGUUAAUGUAUGAAAUUGACAAGAAAAUGGCACUGCUCUCAGAAUAUUGUGGAAAAGUGUCAUUGUUUCAUCAUAGGUAUUAACUUACAAAUUAGAGUAUUUGAAAUAGGGUAUUUAGCAUUUCCAGCUUAGAACAAAUGUACAAUAUGUGAUUUUCAGUUCCUCUGUUUCAGGUGCUCUUGGUGCAGUGUAAGUUUAUUGUAUGUAUUUAAAAUCCCCACAUUUACUGAACAUAAAACAAUAGUGGCAACACUCCUAGUGGCUUUGUUAUUGUCGAAUUUCUCAGUGCCUUCUCAGGGUAUGGUGUGAAUGAAAUAGCAUUUCUGCAUCAAAUAUAAUUUAAUCAGUUAAUUUCAGACAGUUAAGGAAAAUCUUCCAAACUACAUAGGUGCUUCUCCUCCAUAUGAAAUAGAUUUGCUGACUUUAAAACCUUACGAAUGUAAAUAAAAACCUUCAUAAAAGUAGGCUCAGUGUAACUGUAGUUAAGGAUCUUUAUGUUAGAAUUAAGUGUCAAUUAUCAUAGCCUUUAAAUAAAGAAAAAAAUCUAAACUGACAUAAGAGCUCUGAAUUUGUUUAAAAAUCUGACAUUUGAAUUACAUUUUUGUAAGUAAACUUAUUCCUUUAUCGGGUAAAGUAAUACCAAUUUUACUAAGAAAUAAAACAUUCAGUAUUAGGUGUUAUGAAACACUAAAAUUAAAUGUUUUAAUACUAAAGCCCAGUUUAUCCUAACAUCUUGUUGGCUUCUGUAGAAUUUCUGAUCACAAGAGUACUAUUUAUCUUUUGUAAUAUGGAAAAAAAUAUUAGAAGGUCACUUUGGUUGAUUCUGCAGUCUUCCAAAAAAAAAAAAUGAGAAGCUCUGUUUAAUCUUCUUGAAGUGUAUCCUAUCAUACAGAGCUCACAGAAAACUUGAACACAUGUGGUAUAGCUGCAAGAUAACAAUAACAAGGCCAGGGUAUGAUCAUACUAAACAAAUUGCCUAUGGGAGAUAAUGGGUAUUAGAGAAUUUCCUAAAAAAUAUAAUAAUAACAAUAAUAAUAAUAAUACUAUAAAAUUCGAACUGAUUAGGAUAUUUUUUAAAUCAUGGUUUGGUUUGUUGGAGCUAUCAGCUAACAUUUGGUUGAACCCAUAUAAUCCAAAUAUAAUUUUCAAAUUAUUGUAUUGCCACUAUUGUUAACUUGUUCUUUCCUUACUUUCUUGUAGCUGGAUGUUUUAUGACCAUAGAUAAUAGACAGCUGGCUAAACGUAGAGCACCAUAUUUCUGAAUGAGUUUUUUUCCAAAGGCUUUGCACUCAAGAAGUUAUGUAUAGAAUUUUUGUUUUAUUUGCUUUUAGGAAUGUAGACUGUAAUUUAGGAAAUGACCUAUAUUCUAAAAAGUGUUAUGAACAAUGCUGUAUAUAUAGAAAAUAUGUAUAUUUGGUUUUAGUGUCUGUGUUUCAGUGACUGCAGAAUAGAGUGGAACUAAAAUGAUAGAAUAGCCCAUUCAUAAUUACUAAAGCUACACUGAUUGUCAUUCUAUUACAUAGAGAACAGUUUUGUUUGAAUGCUUUAAUAUAAUGCAACAUUUAAGUCAUCUUAAUAAAGGGGAAAAGUUAUUAAAGCUUAGAUUCUUAUCUCAAAAAUUUUAAAAUCCAAAGUUGAAAUUAACAAAAUUUUACAAAUGUUCCCGAAAGAUAUAAAUUGAGGUAAUUAUUUGAUUCUAGCUAAGCUCUCAAGUCUAUCUGAGCAUGAUAUUUAACAUGAACUGACAUAGUGGGUGUAUACUUGCCUAAGAGUAAAUUCAAGUGAACCAAGAGAGACAGGAGUGCUGGCCAGUAGGUCUCAGCCUUGGGCUCUGCAUUGUUUAUCUUUUUCUUUACGAACAAUAUCACGGAGAUUAAUGCAUUCUCACUGAGUGUGUAUCUCAAAACUGGGAUUUUUCUAGGGCUUUGGGGAAAAGAAAAGAAUUAGUGGGGCAAGAUCAAAGCAUAGGUUGCAAAUAAACAGUAAUGAUAAACAAUAGAAAGGUUGCUAAGGUGGCACAGAAAGUGCUUCUUGCGAAGAACAAACUUAUCACCUUAAAUAUAGGGAAAAAACUGACUGUGGGCAAGUUGUUUAUUUGUGUUUAUUUGUUGUGAUGUUGAGCAAAUAGUGAACCUUUUGUUUUCCUUUAUUAGUGACCACUACAGAGACCAAGUUUUAAGAGAUGAGAGCAAGUAUCCCUCUUACUGAUUCAGUUCCUGCAAGGAUGUUGAGAUGGGAACUGGGGAGGGGAUAUAGCAGAAAUAAAAAGGAAUAAAAUAUAGAUUGGGAAAUGAACCUCUGAGAAAAAGUUCAAAGAAUUAAGAUCAUUUAACACUGGGGAGGAGAAAGCUGUUGAGAUAGUUUAAUAAGUUUUAAGUUGUUGAGUUUUUUAUUGAAGGACUUAAAGUAAGAAGUAAUAUGAAAACCUGUUCACCAUGUCCAGUGAGGACAAAAUAAGAAGGACUAAGGAUCUUUAAAAAAAAAAAAAAAGCAACAUGAAAAGUUUAUUAUUUAAGAACUUGGGCAGCAAUCAUUAGAAGCCUUCUAUUUGAAUUUUAUUUUUAAGAGAAUAAAAAUUUUAAAUAUUAAGGGAUAUACUAUAUGGCUUUUACGAGUUCCUUCCAAACUUAAAAAAAAAACAACUCAGGUUGGAACAAAGAUGUCAUAAAGAGCACUGAAAGUAACAUUCGAAUUUCACUCCAUAUUUAGAAGAAUUUAGUUCACAAGACAGUUUUUGUAUAUGUUGAGUGAUAGAUAAGUAUGAGUGCAGUGAAUAAAGACCUGCUUAGAUGUUAUUUUUAAUUUAACCUGGCAAAUUGAGACUUGAACAAAAUUUUGUUCAUUUUGAAGAAUGUAUAGCUUUAUAGGAUAUUUGAGGGAUUUGUUUUAAAGUAUUGUUACUUGGAUGUAGUAACUUCAGCAGACAGAGAGGUUCUAAGAUUGGAGACUGUGGAAUAUCUUUAUAUAGGAAAUAGAACUAUUUCUUAAGCAGAUUGCUUCUGGAAUUGACGCAACAAAGAUAUUAGCUGGAGUUUAAUGGAGAAAUUGUUCUAUGAACUGCUGCUAUCGGUAUUUCUUUCAGAUCUUUUCCAUUGUUGUUUAUGAUGCUUGAAAAAUCUAGAUUCUGCUUGGAUAAAUUUAAUUGUAUGCCUUUUUCUCUCUACCUCCCUCUCCCUAUAUGCCCUUCCACAUUUUGUUACUGUGAAAUGCUAUUGCCCUAUUACCUCACUGACAAGAAAUCUUAACUGUAUCUUUCAGAAUGCUUUAAACUUAUUCAUAAACUAAGUUGGUUUAUAGACUUUUGGUUAUUUUCUUAUUGCGAGAAUAUUUAAGACAUUGUAAGAAGUAAUUUAAAAUCUAUUUCAUAACUUUUUUUUAUCUGUCUGGAUACUAUAUGUUAAUUUAUUAUGGCCUUUUACAAUUCACUUGUCUUCUGAGAUGGCUCUGGAAACUGAUGAGGAAAGAGUCAUACUAACCAAAAUGAAUGUCAAUUGAUCUAGCAUUUUAUUUUCUGUUUCCUUGUACUUUGGGCAUCCAAAGCACAAAAUUAGAAGAAAUAUUUUUUCAUAUUUGUCCCUCUAAGUAUCUUAUCAUAGCCAUAAGGAUUCUAAGUGGGAAGAAGAGAAUUUCUCAUCUGACUCUACACAGCUGGAAAUAAAGUUAGCGUUGACCAUUGAUUACUUUAGAAUAUUCCUCACACUAUUAUAUUCAUUAUGGCAUCUAUUCUCUUUAUUAAUUAAAGACUAUGUACUUUAUAAAGAGAACAUACGAUGAAGAUAAGAGCAAAGCGACAUAGCUAAAGUUUGCUUCUCAAACUUUUCCACCAGCAUGACCCUAAAGCACAGGAGCACGAAUGUAUAGGGGAAGGGGCCUGAGAGCAAAAUCAGAAGCAGCCUCAGAAAUUUUACCACUUGUGAAAUUUUGUGUUCUAUCUUAAGGAUGUAAGCGAAUUUUGCAUUCUCCAUAAUAAAACUGUCGUAAUACAAAAUGAUUCCUUCAAUCUUCACCAUAACUGGUGCUGCUGCGUGAUAACUGGUGUUUAUCACAUGGCCUCUUAGUUUUCUCCCCCAACCUCUCCUCUUCAAGUGCUGCAUAUUCCUGAGGGUUCACACACUGAUUCUCACGUGAGAAAUAUAAACAUAAAACAUAUCUAGGGUAUUCCUUGCUCUUUAAAAGUUGAACUUUGAAAGUAUUAAUGUCAAGUUAAACUGACCUGAAACAGUUAUGUUACCACCAAACUUUAUAUAAUAUAGCCAGAGGUGUUGGCCUGUUUGUUCUCUUUAAUUUGUUGGCAUUCCUUGACUAAGAAGGAGCACCCAGCUCUCAGUUCCCUGAGAGCAGGGAUCAUGAUUUAUUAUUUUUCAUAUUCAUACCACCUAGUAUAGUACCUGUUAUAUAGAGUGCUUAAUUACUGAUAAUAGUAAUGAAGAGAUUUUAUUUUAAAGAAGCAAAUAGUUUUAGAAACAAUCAAAAAUAUUAAUUUUUAAAUUCAGCUUUUAAAACAAUUCUCAUUACUGAAAUUUAUAAUAAAUAAUGUUUAUUAAGCACAUACGCCCUUAAAUAUUCAGUUUCUUUGGAGAAAGCAGAGCAUAUUCCCAUUCGGAAAUUGUGUGUAAUGCCUCGUAUUUUACACUCAAAGCAAGGGGUUGGCCAAAAAGGCUAGAGAAAUGUUUGUGUAGAUUUAAUAUCACUAGUAAAAGUACCAUUUUGAGCCUACUAGUGCUACCUUCCAAGUGAGUCACAACUGAUUUGAUAUAAUUUGGUAUAUUUUUGUCCUUUGUUAUAAUUCAGCAUAUUAUUUUAAAAGAGCCACUCAAGCAAAGGUCUGCAUUUAUAUAUAUGGUGAGGCUUUCUUAUUAUAGGCUAAAAUAAAUUCUUUGUAUACGUCAUUGAAUAUGCCAGAUAAAAUAUAUGCGGUUAAGAAUGAAUUCUUUUUCUGACUGUGUAGCAGUAGUUCAAAAAUGUGCCCUUGUUUUAGCAGUUUCUGUCAACAUCUUCCCAUUUUUUCCCCAUGAGAACACCAGGGUGUAUCAUAAGUGUACUGCCUGUAAGAAUUUGCACUUUAAGUAUUUGUGUGUGGAUUUCUUGUGGUUUUAGCCAAAUGAAGUGUUAUCAGUAAUAAAUAAACUGGUGUCUUUA